CGCCGGUUCCUGGCUAAGAUGGCGUCCCCGGCGGCAGCGCGGGCCCCGGCUCUUCUGCGCGAGCUGGCGCUGCGGCCCCGGCUCCUGGCGGCCAGAUCGCAGGCAACUCAGCUAACCCCCCGGCGAUGGCUGAACCUGCAGGAAUACCAGAGCAAGAAACUGAUGGCUGAUAAUGGAGUGAAAGUUCAGAGGUUCUUUGUAGUGGACACUGCGAACGAAGCAUUGGAGGCCGCCAAGAAACUGAAUGCAAAAGAAAUUGUAUUAAAAGCCCAGAUCUUAGCUGGAGGAAGAGGAAAAGGUAUCUUCAGUAGCGGUUUGAAAGGAGGCGUUCAUUUAACAAAAGACCCUAAAGUUGUGGGACAGUUGGCUAAACAGAUGAUUGGGUAUAAUCUAGCCACGAAACAAACUCCAAAAGAAGGUGUGAAAGUUAACAAGGUGAUGGUUGCCGAAGCCUUGGACAUUUCCAGGGAGACCUACUUUGCGAUUCUGAUGGACCGGUCCUGCAAUGGCCCCGUACUGGUGGGCAGCCCCCAGGGGGGCGUUGACAUUGAGGAGGUGGCCGCUUCAAAUCCAGAACUUAUAUUUAAGGAGCAAAUUGACAUUAUUGAAGGGAUAAAGGACAGCCAAGCUCAGCGGAUGGCAGAAAAUCUAGGCUUCCUUGGGCCUUUGAAAAACCAGGCUGCAGAUGAAAUUAAGAAGCUGUAUAACCUCUUCCUGAAAAUUGAUGCUACUCAGGUGGAAGUGAACCCCUUUGGUGAAACUACAGAAGGACAAGUUGUCUGUUUUGAUGCCAAGAUAAACUUUGAUGACAAUGCAGAAUUCCGACAAAAGGACAUAUUUGCUAUGGAUGACAGAUCAGAAAACGAGCCCAUUGAAAAUGAAGCUGCCAGAUAUGAUCUAAAAUACAUAGGCCUGGAUGGGAACAUUGCUUGCUUUGUGAAUGGUGCUGGACUUGCCAUGGCUACUUGUGAUAUCAUUUUCCUGAAUGGUGGGAAGCCAGCCAACUUCUUGGAUCUUGGUGGUGGCGUGAAGGAAGCUCAAGUAUAUCAAGCCUUCAAAUUGCUCACAGCUGAUCCUAAGGUUGAAGCCAUCCUCGUCAAUAUAUUUGGUGGGAUCGUCAACUGUGCCAUAAUUGCCAAUGGGAUCACCAAAGCCUGCCGGGAGCUGGAACUUAAGGUGCCCCUGGUGGUCCGGCUUGAAGGAACCAAUGUCCACGAGGCCCAGGACAUACUCAGUAGCAGCGGGCUCCCCAUUACCUCGGCCGUCGACCUGGAGGACGCAGCCAAGAAGGCCGUGGCCAGCGUGGCCAAGAAGUAGUGCCCUGCCCUGGCC